GGCUCCAAGCUCCGCGUCCGGCUCGCGGGCCGCAGUCUUGGUUCCUGCGGUCGCCACACUUGGCCCGCCGGCCCCCGUCGGCAGUGCCCGGUGUCUCCGCGCGCCUGCCGUCGGUAUUGUUCGGGCUGGAGCAGUGUUGGGAGCGCUCCGCGCGCCGCCGCCCGCAUGGCUGCCAUCAAGGCGCUGCAGCAGUGGUGCCGGCAGCAGUGCGAGGGGUACCGGGACGUGGACAUCACCAACAUGACUACCUCGUUCCGCGACGGCCUGGCCUUCUGCGCAAUCCUGCACCGCCACCGGCCUGAUCUUAUAAACUACAGUGCCCUCCGGAAGGAAAACAUUUAUGAGAACAACAAACUUGCCUUCAGCGUGGCAGAGGAGCACCUGGGCAUCCCUGCCCUGCUGGAUGCUGAAGACAUGGUGGCCCUGAAGGUGCCUGACCGGCUGAGCAUCCUGACUUAUGUGUCCCAGUACUACAACUACUUCCACGGCCGCUCUCCCAUUGGGGGCAUGGCUGGCAUAAAGAGGCCCCCAUCCGACCCUGAGGAGGAGCCUUCUGGGAAGAAAGCCCCGUCCACGCCGGCCAAGCUGCCCUCAUCUGCUCCAGCCCAGGCACUGCCAGCGCCUGCAGCCAGGACAAGUUCUAUGGCCCAGAGGAUGGAUGGGGGCCCUAAGGCUGCACAGACGGUGGCAGGCAGCGCAGUCAGCAGCACCUGUGCGGUCUGCGGCAAGCACGUGCACCUGGUCCAGCGGCACCUGGUUGAUGGGCGGCUCUACCACCGAAGCUGCUUCAAGUGUAAGCAGUGCUCCAGCACACUUCGCUCCGGGGCCUACCGGGCCACUGGGGAGCCAGGCAUCUACGUCUGCACCAGCCAUCACUCCAGAGCCACCUCAGCAAACACUGCAUUGCCGGCCCUGACUUCCAAACAGCCAGCUGCCACUCCUGUGGAUGCAGGGGCCCCCAGUGUCCUGCAGAAGACCCAGGAGAUGAAUGGGCUGAGAGAGGCAGCUCCAAAGGCCCAGCCAGUGGCCCAUCGGCCUGUAGUGGGCAACACGACCGCAAAAGGCUUUGCUCGGAUUACCUCUGAGCCCCCAGCCUCCACCGUCCCCAUCCAGGUGGGGAGCCCAGCAGGGCCCAGACUGCCUGCGAACCCAGUGGCUUCCCUCUUGGAGCACAGCACAGCCAGCACGCAUGUGACUGGGAGAUCCCCAAUGGGGAGGACAUCGCAUGCCCAGUACCCAGCAACAAACAGCUCUCGGUCUGCCCCUAGCAUCCCCGAACCUUGCCCGGCAACACCCCAAGGCCUCGGGCCCCCCCGAGUAUCAACUUCUGUAACCAAACUUGGCUUGAACUCAGCAUCUCCGGGUGCAGCGGACCCCCCAGCCUGGACCCCCUCGGCCACGAGGACUCAGCAGGCCCGGGAGAGGUUCUUCCAGAGCCCUGCUGCUCCCACAAGUGGCCCUGUGGGCCAGACUCCCGCUCCAGCCAACGCCCCCUUCCGGGACAGCAGCAGGGAACAAGCGCUGAGCUUCCUCAAGAAGGCCCUGUCGGGGGUGGAGGCGGCUGGCGCCCAGGCGCCUGGCAAGUCCUCCCCUGCUAUGAAUUCCUGUCCCAAAACUGAAGGUCCAAAAGCAGUUCCUUCAGGCAAGCCGCUGCAAUCAGAUGCUCCUCACACCCUCAGCUCCACUUCUAGGACGGAGCCGUCUGCCCGCCUGAGUGUGGGCAGCACUUCCCAGGUGGGCAAGAGCCCGGCCACGUCCUCAGGGGUCAUCAAGGAAGGGACAGGCUCCAGGCUGAAGCCGGAGGCCCCGACGGCAAAGGGGGGAGCUAUGGCCCAGCCAUUUCUCUCCAUGCUUUUGGUGGAAGGGGAGGUCGAGACCAGAGAAGGAGCGAUUCCUCUGGGGACACUUGCAGGCCCAAGCACCAGCCCCCAGCAAAGCCAAGAGGACGGGCCGGAAGGGUGGAGGGCCCGCCUGAAACCUGUGGAAAAGAAGCCGCCGGCCGGGAGGGCACAGGAGCCAAAGGAGCCACGGGUGCCUGCAGAGCCAAAGGCUGGAGAGGCCCCAGUGGCCCCCAGGACCCCUGUGCAGGUCUCAGGCCACGUCCAGGUGGGCGUUCAGAUCACCCUGACCCCUGUGCAGCCAGAGCAGACACUGGCCCAUGCUGGCCCAGGAACCAAGCUCCCAGAAGCUUCCCCCUCUUCAUCCUCCCGCAGGAGGCUGGCCAUCCCUCCCAGCCUCGACAUAUCUGCUAAUUGGCUUCAGUCAGAGCCGUCGGAGCAGGAAGCCCAAGUCCAGAGCUGGAAGGAAAAACCUCAUUCUCAGGACAAACCAGGGAGGCCCUCAGCCCUGGCUGGCAUCCCUGCCUCGCCUGAGAAGACUGUGAGCUCCCCUAUCAGGCUGCACCCCGACUAUGUCCCCCAAGAGGAGAUCGAGAGGCAGCUGCAGGACAUCGAGAGGCAGCUGGACGCGCUGGAGCUCAGGGGUGUUGCACUGGAGCAGCAGCUGCGUGCAGCUGAUGGGGCUGCCGAGGAGGAUGACCUCAUGGUGGCCUGGUUCCGGCUCGUCCAUGAGAAGCAGCUGCUGCUGAGGCAGGAGUCGGAGCUGAUGUACAAGUCCAAGACCCAGCGCCUGGAGGAGCGGCAGCAGGACCUGGAGGGCGAGCUCCGCAGACUGAUGGCCAAGCCUGAGUAUCUGAAGACCCCCCAGGACCAGCGGCGAGAGCAGGAGCUGCUGAGCCAGUACGUUAGCACUGUGAAUGACCGCAGUGACAUCGUGGACAUACUGGACGAGGACCGACUCAGGGAGAAAGAAGAGGACCAGGUGCUGCAGGACAUGAUCCAGAGGCUGGGGAGAAGGAUACGAUGGUGUCCACUGGACUGUGGAGGGACUCUGCCUGGCCUGGGGGAAUCCACACUUGCUGUGGCACCCAGGAGAGGCCUGGCAGGAGGUGCAACCGGAGGACAAGGACCCACUCUCCUCCCCCUGCAGACCUGGCCCCUCCAUGCUCUGCCUCCUGCUCCUGCGACCUCCUUCCUCUGAGGCUACUUUGGUUCCCACUGUCUCCCAUGCAGGCUCCGGGGACCCUCCGGCCCUGGGUGCCCCUCCUCUGCUGGGUGCCCUCCCAGCAAGGGCCUUUGACCAGGCAGCUACGGUGGGUUCCGGGAGCCGCCCGCCUGCCAGCCCGCCUAGGUGUCUCCCCUUGGGCUGGUCUGUUCCGAGGAGCCCAGCAUUACUGUUAAUAAGGGCUACUGAAUACUCCCGAGCCCCGGGCCGGCCUGGCGCUUUAUAACAUGCACAAGCCAUGAUAUCACGGACGUCCUAUCUGAUCACAAAUUGGAACUAUAUCAUAGGCCUCUUCUUAAAUUAAAAAGCUGAGACCUU